AUGCUGAAAGCAAAAUUAUGUCAUCUUCCUUUAAGUUUCAGUACUUUGUAUAAGUCAAAUCCAUUUUAUUAUUGUGAUACUACUAAUUGUUCUAUUUCUUCAUUUAUUCAUACAGGUCUGAUUGUAGUUUUAUCUUGCGGCCAUACAUAUCAUAAAGUUUGUUAUAAUAAUAAUGAAUUCAAGUGUUUAUAUUACCUCUCAUUUUUACAAGAUGGCGUUGAUGAAAAUGUCCAGUCUCUGCUAACACGAUUGCAACAAUUUGAUAAAAUAAAAGUUGAAAAGGAUGAUGAUAAUAUUCUUUGUGAUAAUGAUGAUAAAAAUGAACCCGUAGGAUGUAUGAUAUUUACAUUGGAAGAAGCAUUGCAAAAAUUUCAAUCACAAUAA